UUAAUUUUGCCUAGACAAUAUAAUAAUAUAAUAAUUGGUCAUCUUGUCAGUGCAAUAAUAACUAACAUAGAAUGUUAACUUAUUCAUUCGUUAUUCAUAGAUAAUAAUUUUGGAAAUAAAGGCGCUUAUUAUUAAUUUAAAUACUCAAAAUAUUAUGUUUGAUUGAUAAAACAGUUUAAAGUUUACAAUGGAUGAUAAAUGCAACUCCUUAUUAACCUGGUUUAGGUUGCUUGAACCAGAUGCCCAUCAUUCUUCUCUAUCCGACUUAACGGAUGGUGUUGCUAUGUCUCAAGUUUUAAGUCAAAUUGAUCCAGUUUUUUUCUCUCCUUCAUGGGGCGAAAAAAUUAAAACUAACGUAGAAAACAAUUGGAGACUUAAGGUCAGCAAUCUGAAAAAAGUUAUUGAACGUGUAACUGAUUAUUGUACUGAUGUUUUGAAUCUUAAUGUGCAUGAUUAUGCCAAACCCGAUGCUUUGAGAAUAGCUGAGGGAGGCGAUGUAGAAGAGUUGGCUCGCCUUCUACAACUCAUAUUGGGUUGUGCAGUCAACUGUGAAAACAAAGAAACUUACAUAACUCAAAUCAUGGGUUAG